AGUGAGGAAUCAUUUAAAAGAAAAAUUAGAAAACAUUGCUAAAAGUUGGGUUUUUUGUUUUCUUAUUCUUCCAUUUAUUCUUCCAUUAUUCUUUCCACAUUUAGACCAAAAAAUUGUCUCAAAAUAGCAGCCCUUUUAUUCCAAAUCCUCCACCUCAUCAUCUUCUUCCUUGACGGUUGUCAAUCUCCUCUGCAACAUACGCUCGUCGUCGAUCGCCACCGCAAACACGUCGUCCAUUGGCCGUACCUAUCAAGAUGAGCAAUAUGGACUACCACUGGAGGAGCGUCAACUCGACGCCCAUCGUCUGCUACUCCACCAGCAUUAGCACCGCCAUCGGCAGAAUGGACGGCGACAACCCCCUCGACCACAGCCUCCCCCUCUUCCUCCUCCAACUCCUCGUCAUCGCCGUCACCAGCCGUCUCGUCGCUUUCAUCCUCCUCCCCCUCCACCAGCCUCGCCACGUCUCCGAAAUCGUGAGUGGAUUGGUUCUCGGUCCGAUGGGGCUCGGACAAAUUCCCGGCUAUCUCCGGACCAUCUUCCCCUACCGGAGUUUGCCCAUCUUGGAGGUCGUCGCCUACCUCGGAAUCAUUUACUUUGUCUUCAUCACCGGCCUCGAGAUCGAUCCAACGAAGCUGAAGCGGUCGCACAAGUAUGCUGCCUUCGCCGCCGCGAGCAUGGUCUUCCCCUUUGCGGUCGGCGCCUUCUCUGGCGUCCUCGUCCAUGCUCACCUCAAAAUCGAGGCCAACCGAAUGUCCUUCCUCACCUUCCUCGGCGCCACCCUCUCCACCACCUCAUUCUCCGUCCUCGCCCGCACGCUCACCGAGCUCAAGCUCAUCAAAACCGCCGUCGGCCUCGCGAGCCUCUCAUCCGCCGUCUUCGUCGACAGCUACGCCUGGAUCCUCGUCUCCGUCGCCUUCUCCAUGACCAGCGGCAAGCCGUCGGCCGCCAUCUGGGCGUUGCUCUCUGGGCUGGUCUUCUUCCUCUGUAGCUUCAAACUGGCGAAGCCGGCGGUGCUCUGGUUCGCGCAGAGGGACGAGGAGAAAGCAGAGGAAAUGACCGUAUGCAUCGUUCUCGUCGGGGCAAUGUCUUGGGCGCUAGUGGGGGAUGCCCUAGGCAUCAACGCCAUAUUGGGCGCCUUCAUCUACGGGCUCAUCAUCCCUUACCGCCCGACGGGGGUGGAGCUGGUGGAGCGGGUGGGCGACUUAGUGGAGGGCCUCCUCGUUCCGCUCUUCUACGCCCUUUGUGGUCUGCGCUCCGAUCUCCGGUCGGUGAACCAUCUCUGGUCAGCAGUUGUGCUAGCGACGGUGGUAGUGCUGGCCGCCGCCGCCAAGGUGGUGGCCUGCAUGGUCGUCGGCCAUUUGUACGAGAUGCCGCUCGCCGACGGGUUUGCCAUGGGCUUACUAAUGACCACCAAAGGGGUCAUUGAAAUGGUCAUCCUCAAAAUUGGAAGGGACUCGGAGGUCUUGAGCGAGCAGGCGUACUCCAUCUUGGUGGUAAUGUCGGUAAUGGUGACGGCGAUGGUGACACCGUUGCUAAAGCUACUGGUGACAACCAACAGAAGACAAGUUUCGUACGAGCGGCGGACGAUCCAGUGGCCGGACGAUAGCGAAGAGCUCCGCCUUUUACUGUGCAUCCACAACGUCCGCAACGUGCCGUCCAUGCUCGGCCUCCUCGAGGCCGCCCACCCCAGCAGACGCUCCCCUGUCUUCGUCUUCUCCCUCCACCUGGUCGAGCUCACCGGCCGCGCCUCCGCUAUGCUCGUUGUCCACGAUGCCGCCAGCGCCGAUGGCGACGAGAAGCAGCUCCACAAACCCCCCUUCGACGACCGGUCGCAGGGAAUAAUCCAGGCGCUGGACUCGUACGCGCAACGUACACCAGGGGUCACCAUCCAACCCCUCGCCGCCGUCUCCGCCUACGACACCAUGCACGAGGACGUGUGCGGCGUCGCCGAGGACAACUGCAUCUCCUUCAUCAUUUUACCUUUCCAUAAGCAGCCCACCGUGGACGGCGGCAUGCAGGUGACCAACCCCGCGGUUCGCGCCCUCAACGAGAGCGUCCUCAACACCGCGUCCUGUUCCGUGGCCAUCCUCGUCGACCGCGGCUUCAGCGGUCCCUACCGCAUGCCUGGAGAAGGCCAGAACGCCGCCUACCGCGUCGCCGUGCUCUUCUUCGGCGGCGCGGACGACAGGGAGGCCUUGUCGCUGGCAUCGCGGAUGGCCGACCACCCAUCCAUCAGCCUCUCUAUUUUCCGGUUCGUCUCCGAUUCUUGUCCACUCAUCCCGAUGACGACUCAGCAUCAUACUGAAAAUUUCCACGGGUCGGAGAAGUUGCUGACCGUGGACCAGGAGACCAACGCCGAUGAGCUUUGUCACGGAGAGGCGGAGGCGGACGAGGCGUGUUUGAAGGAGUUUAGGCGGAAGCAUGAUGUGUCUUCCGCGGUGGGGUACAAGGAGAAGGCGGUGAGGAACUCGGAGGAGACAGUGGAGGUAAUAAGAGGGAUGGAGGGUUGGCAUGAGCUGUACGUGGUGGGGAAGGGAUCCUCGUCGUCGGCGUUGGUGGCGGGGCUGACGGAGUGGUGUGAGUGCCCGCAGUUGGGGGCGGUCGGGGACAUGCUGGCGUCCAGUGACUUCGGAGGCAGCGCGUCGGUGCUGGUGGUGCAACAAGUGAAGCAGGAGAAGGUGGCGGCCAUGAAGUCGGAAGUUUGAGAGGCCCCCCAAGGAAGACGAUGGACAUGGCAAAAGUUUAUUUAACCCCUACACUUUAACCCUUUUUGAAAUAUAACCGUAUAGUUUAGCUAUUAUCAUUGUACUCCCUCUUGUUAGGAAGGUACCCAAUUUGCAUCUAAUUCUAAAAUUUCUUCUCAAUAUCAAAGUUUAU